UUGAUCAAUAUCCCGAUUUUCGAUGAAAUACUGUCAAAACACUCGAUUUUAAAUCUUGAAAUUUUCUAGGGAUCGUAAUACGAGUUUAGCCAAAAUGGGAUGUUACAGUUUUCAACCUUUUCAUUAUCAUUUUUUGGAGAAUCAGAUUAGGGUGUGAAGUGAGGUGAUUUUUUGAAUUGAUGCUUGAAUGUAGAAAUUAGGGCGAGGGAUUAGUUGAUUAAGGUUGAAUGAAUGUUGCAUAAGGAUUGCAUGAGUUUAAUUGAGCCUUGGUGGGCAUGAUUUAGGUACAAUUUUUGGUUAAGUGUGAAAAUUGGCCACAAUGUGCAAAAAUGUGAAUGAAUGUGGAUCCUUGAUUUUGAUUGAUGGUUAUAAGCCAUCGAGGCAUGGUUUGGGUUUGAUAUUGUGCUUUGAUAAUCCGUGAAUCAACGAGAACCAUGCCUUGAAGAGCUAUGUGUGCGCUUGAACUUCAAUUGUGAAAUCUGGUCUUGUAAAAAGCCUUCAAAGGCAUAGGACCAUAGUGGAAACCUAAGUGCGUGGGAAAUCAUUUUCUCCCAUUUGAUGUGAGAUUGACCAUUAUUUCCACGUAUGGUGCGUGUUUUGAAUACUUUGCAGGAUGGUCGAUACGGAGCACGAGUACAUCCACUACUUGGUGAACCACGAGUGGUUUGGGGCCAAGUUUGGCCUGUGGUGAAAUAGCGAGGUUGGGCCUCAUUAGAUGCUCGAUCUGGACAUGUUUAACAUGUUCAGGUGUUGGGCAGCGAUGCCAUGGGAGUAAGCGGAGUUGACCCUACGUCGAUUUCAUGUGGGGAGGCCAGCUACGGGUGCUGACCUACGACGACUUUAAAAAGGCCAGGGGCUUGACCCCACUCAUAUGACAAUGACGGAGAGACAGUACACUGUCGACUUCCACUACCAGGCCACAUUUUUUAGGCCAUCUACCACCCUGAGCAUCAGAAUGAUGAGUUCAAGGGCUCUAGCACCAACACCGUGAAGCUCUGGACGUCGUGGAGGAUUCUGCACGCCCUCCUAACGAGGUCCAUCAUCCCCAGCCUACUGUAGGGGCACAUGAUCACAGACAAAGGGUUGAUAGCCCUUCAUUCCAUUAACUGGCCAAUAGAUCCACUUCAUCUGGGAGCUAUGGUUGCUACCACCUUCGCCAGAUGCCAGGGCCGGGACCGAGUAGACACGAUGCAAUUGGGGGGCAUCAUCACCAGGCUGACCCGACACUUCGGGGUGAUGUGGCCCAGUGUUCUAUCAUCGGCCAGACCGAGCCGUUUCCAGUGAAGACACUCUACAACAUGAAGCCGGUGCUUCAAGGAGAGAGAGGAAUUGAAUUACUCGAGGGACUUCGACCCUCGGCAGCUCUACAACCACAGUUCAACCUUGCGCUAGCGGAGCCUGCCACCCACCAGAGCUCCAGGGCGCCAUCGGUGCUCCGCAGCAGCAUCAUCUGGAGUGGGACCUUCCUCCUCCGGACCCACCUCGAGGAGCGAGUGGAUCGUCUCGAGGCGCAGUUUGUGGGAGUCACUACUCGGCUCAACCGAUCCGUCGAACUCAUAGAGAGGAUUGCUCGACAUUAGGGCGUCCUUUCGGAUGACGAUGAGUGAUCUAGGAUGCACGAAGAGGUAGCUGUCGAGUGAGACUUGUGGCAGAGUCGAUUUCUUUCGCCUUACUUCUCCACUUGCAAACUUUGAACUCUUUUUAUUUUUAUAUUCUCCUUAUUUAGUGUGUGAACUAGUACUUUGUGAGUUCUUUCCUUUGAAUCGUAAUGUGAAACUUUACUAUGUGUAAUAACCUCGCCUCGAGCGAGAAUGUGCGUGUGUUUGUAUAUUGUUUUGUUUUCCCCUUUGAAGCUCAAACAUCCUACCCCGGGAAAUUCUCCAACUUUCAUUCACCAAGCCCUGCGGUAACAUUGUUCUACCCCAUAUUUUACGCAAUUGACGACAAUGUCGAGCUUAAGUGAGUGUGGUGGGUGGGGGGGGGGGGGUAGUUUAUUAUUAUGCUUGUGUGUGAUUAAAUGCUUGGAGCCUUGAUGUGUGCCCAAAUUUGAAAAUUUUGAGGGCUCCAAGUAAUGCAUGAUCAAAAUGGCCGGUUGGUGGGCGAAUCUUGUGCUUAUUUGGCAUCAAUCUUGAAUUGUUGUAUGUAAUCGAGUGCAUCCUAUUAUGAUGACUGAGAGUGCAUUAGGGUUGUGCAAAAGCUUAGUUCUCAUGUGUGCUUAAAUGAAUGGAUGUCUUGACUUGGUUACUUCUUGAUUACAACUGCCAUGCAUUGAAGUUUUUGAAAUUGGAAUAGAUGAUUGGGCGGCUAGGUAGCCAUGUGAGUUUUGUGCCGAUCAUUUUUUUCAUGUGUGAUAGAUCCCUCUCGCAAUGGCAUGUAACAUUCACCGUUGUCACUAGUGAGUAUGAUGGAAGCAUAGGAUUAGUCCACGCCCAAAAUUUGAUUGUCCCGAAAUAUCAUAUCCCCUAGUCAACCCCUUUGACCCGUGUGACUUUAGGGGCCGUUGUAAUUCUAGGAGCUUCGUGCUUGUUGAGCUUCAUGGUGAUUGAAAGAACGACCCCCCCCCCCCCCCCAUCCUUUCUUCGUGUCAAAGUGUGAGUCUUCUCAAUUAGUGUCAAAUCCCUUUACUUUUCCAAAUGUUUUAGCCAUAGAUCGUUAUUUUCACCAACAAAAGCAUUUGCUAGAUAAUGUUACAAACAAUCGAAGUAGGGGUACAUGAACCGCCCCAGGUCGACAUUUAAACAUACUUCCCCUAUAUUGCACCAAAUUGAGGUUUAUGUUUAAGCCUUGAUUUUGAUUUUUAUUGUGAUAUUCGGGACGAGUCAAUGCACGGGAGAAACAUUAUGGAUUUACAUGGCAUAUAUGGCAAGGGGGCUCAAUACCAACGUUGCAAGAGUAAAUCUCCCGUAAGAGUAAGCGCCUUUGCUUUUCAGCUUGCAGGUUUAGAGUCCAAUCUAUCCAAGAUAAUUUUACAUUUUGACCCGUCCAUGGAGUGCAGGGAUGCCUAGGUAUCUACCUAGAUCUUGUAUCACCGUUAUCCCCAUUUGGUCGACUAUGGCGUACCCUACUAUUAGUGUAUUAGGGGAGAAGAACACUAUAUAUUUAUCCUUGAUAACGUGUUGUCCAGAAGUUUGGGUGAAUUGGGAAAGAGAGGUUCCCACCAUCAACCAACAUUUUUUAUUAAAUCAGUUGAGAUUUGUCUUUCCCUGGCGCUUUGUACUGGUUACGCCUCAUCAAUCAGCAUAAAACAUGAUCGUAAAAGACUAAAAGUACCAUAAUGCCAUAUGCUUAAGCGCUUCCUCUUCAAAUUCCCACUCGUCCCUCUCAUUUCGAUGGCAUGAUAUUUUGUUGAAUUUGCAUCCCUUACGGUGGACAAAUGAAAAUAUCUAUUGUUG